AUGGCCGCCUGCUCUCCAGCUCCCGACCUGCUUCAGCGUUCGACGUCGCUCCGUGCCCGCCGUGAUCCCUCGUCGACGACGCUGCACUGCUGUUGCGGCCGUGUCGACUGUGUCUUUCUUAGGAAGAGCUGCUCAGUCCUCGAGACGGUCGAAAAGGACGUCCACACGGCGGCCCAACUCGGUCAGGCCUUGCUCGCCAGGCAUGAGGCCUACAUGGCUGAUGCCGAGCGUGAUCGCCUCGACCUGACUGGCCGUAUCGAGCGUCUCCAACACGACAAGCAGGACCUCGAGGCCGUCAACGCGAGCAAGAUUGAGGAAAAUCGCAGCCUGCUCGACCAGCUCGAAGCUCUCAACCAUACCGUCUCCGACUCUGACACCAGGAUCAAGGCCCUCGAGGCCAGCCUUCUCGCCUCCCAGCAAACUGUCCGCCGCCUCGAGGCUGCCGCCGCCAGGGCCGCCGACGCAGAGCACCAUAUUGCCGUCCUCGAAGAGGAACAGGACAGACUAUACCAGGAGCUGCGGUCCACCAAGGACGAUGCUCGUACCCACGCACAGCGCUUCAAGGAGGCGCAGCGCGGGAUCCUCGACAUGCAGGACCAACUCGAGCGCAUGGAGGAGGAGGCUCGCCAGGAAAACGCACGUCACGCCGAGGUGGUCGGCAGGAUGGAGCGUCAGCGCGACAUCGACAAGCAGCUCGACGUGGCUGCAGGCCGACUCAAGGGCGCCGCCGCCAGCAAAUCGCUUCAGGAACAGACCAACGGAAACAAGAUUGUCGGCCACUUUGUACGCGACCUCUUGGAAGACAACGCCAACUUACAGCUGGGCAUGGCCGAGCUCAGGGAGAUGCUCAUCAGCUCCAACGACGAGAUCCAGUCGCUGCGAGACCAGCUGAUGCACCACCAGCCCGUGUCUCAAGACAACGCCGGCCAAGCACGGACGCUCAAGGCCGAGCUUGGAUCGAUGCAGGGCAGCCCCAAGCUGUCGCAAGAGCUACACAUACACCAUCACUACCACGUCGCCGGCACCCCCAAGAAACAGGAGGUGAGAAAACCGAGGAAGCGGCGGCAGGGCCUGCUGCCCGGCGUCUACGCCUCCCCCGCGUCUCCCAGACCUCCCGCGCAGUGGGGCCCCGCCAGUUCCCCCGCGGCCCCGGCCUUGGUGUCGCCUGCGACGGGCGCCGCAACGCCAGCAUCGUCCAAGCCGCGCCACAGCUGGGGAGGCGUGUCAAACCCUUGUUCAGAUCUGUCCUCGUCCCCGGGCUCAUCGCCGUCUGGGCUGGGCAGUGCCGUGUUCGACACCAGCUUCGCCGACUCGGAUCUCAUGACGUCGCCGACAACCAGCUUCGAUCCCAUGUCGCCGACCUGGCGGGCUUCGCACAGCAAAAGGCCCUCGAAUGCAUCGUCCAAGAGCUUCCAGUCAAUAUCCAUGUCGCUCAUGGACACCGCGCCCACCACUCCGCCUGGCAAGCAGCCUGCUGUUCACGUCUUUCCAUCAGACACAAUUCAGGAAGAGGACGAAGACGAAGACGCCUUGCCGCAGGGCCACGGCAAGACACCAGUGUUGGUGGUGGAGAGGGCGCAUUCUCCCGAGAGCUCGGUUGCAGAUGAUCCGGAUUACUUCCAGCACGAUGCGGUCGUCCAUUCGCGACUGCUGCGCGCUCCGUCUCACGAGUCCAUCAUGUCGCUCGCGGGCGGCUUGGAUAUCCAUACGCUCAAAUCUCGGCCGAGCCAGAUGACGUUACGACGACUCGGCGGCGCUGAUGCCGUCGUAACGGGCGUCACGGCCCGGCCGACGCUUUCCUCGGCGUCUGGCAAGCGAAGUGAUGUUGCGCUGCGCGACCACUUUGCCGGCUUCCAGACGCCGCGAACUGUUUCGAGUCCCGGCUCCCGACCCCUAUCGCCUGGACCCUCUCCUGCGUCGCAAGGAGGCUCUCGCGCGUUUGGCCGCUGGGUCGGAUGGCGGCCAUGGGGAGCGGGCUCGCGUCCCACUCCCGGAAGUUCGCCGACCCUAUCAUACAGGGAGAAGGACGGGGACGCAAAUCGAUCUCCCGGAAUCAAUCAGCCCGGAGCGAUUCCGGGUUUCCAACAGUACUGGGCGGCGCAGAGGCGCAAAGGCGCCCCUGCCAAGGUGACGGCCGAGACGGUGGACCGUGAUGCGCUGAUCGAGGGCCUGCAAGAGUGA